GUGAAAACGCGUGAUUUCUAUGUUGUAGUGGAACAGGACGAAGACGGCUAUUUCGUGGGUGAAGUCCCUCAACUAAAGGGUUGCUAUAGCCAGGGAUUGACCCUUGGGGAACUCAUGGAGAAUAUGAGAGAAGUCAUUUGCCUGGUACUGGAGGAAGCGGAGAACCGCCCGGACGUGGCGGACCGUUUCGUGGGAGUACACCGGAUUAAGGUGUAG